GAGUGAUACAAGGAUGCUUAACUCCGCGUGCAAUUAUCGGUGUGUCCUUUCUCUGAGCCAUUUAUGGGAUCGAAAGUAGCUGACCGCGUCCAUAUUAUUUAUUUUUUUCCCUCUCAGUUUUUUUUCCUUCUUCUACAUUGAGCUCUCCCAACUCUCAAUCAGCCCCUACUUCAUUCCUUUUUUUCCCAUCGCGGUAGAAUCCAACCGACAUGUCCGGGUAUGCACGUUCACCUCAAGCUAGACGCACGCAGAAUCUUUCUGAAAACAAAUUGAAGCGCAUAGUGGAGUACAAUACUCGAUUAAAAGAACAGUUGGAUACUCCUCGAAUCAAAAUUAGCGAGGCAUCACAAGAAUUGAUUUCUUAUUGCCAGGCAAGCCGGGAUCCUUUAGUGCCAUCUGUAUGGGGGCCUGUGGACAAGCGAGAAGACCCAUUCGCUCCUGUUGCUAGUGGAGGAUGCUGUACUGUCAUGUAGACCAAGGCAGUAUUUUACAUGAUCUCCCCUUUAAGUUUAUCCUUCCGACCAGCUCCUCUAAAACAUGACCAAGAGAAUUUCUGUACUUCCCAUUUCUUCGGCAUCAUCAUUUGAACUUCUUUUUUUGUCUCUUUGUGUUCCGACUCGACAUUCACCUCCAUUUACGUAAACGAGCAACUCGCACCCUUUUGCACUAAACUAUGUCCAUGUAGUGAAUGUAUAUGUACAUUUUAUACCUUCCAAUUUUUUUUUUUCACGAAAAUGAUUAAUAAAUGACACAAAAAAAAAAUGAAUAUU